CGGAUGAAAGUUGCUUACGCUGAUCGUGAAGUCUCACCAACUCCUGAGCAAAAGCGAAAGAUCACGUUCGGUUUCGGCAAAGCCGCCAUGAAGAAGGCCAAGAAGUUGAAAAAGUGA